CCUUUUCAAUAUGGCUGCCGUAUCUACUCUCUCCACUAACGCUCCGAUUGGAGACUGACUCGACUCUGUAUCUUAAUGCCUGAUAGUUUUUGUCUUUAUCAACGGUAUUUAGAAACAAAUUAAAUCUGCAUCAACUGUCCCUUAAUUUAUUUAAUGCAUUUGCAAACCUUCACCAACCACUAACAUCGGGCCUUUUCCCAAAACAACCAGGUGCCAACAAUUCGAAUCUAUCAACAAUUUCCAAUGGUUUGACUACACUUUUCGCUCGUUCUUUUCUUAAUGAACAAUGUGUGAAAACUGCGCCGAGCUGGUGGAGGUUUUAAAUGAAAUAUCGGAUGCAGACAGCACAGAAGGCCUCCAGCUGAAGAAGGAGCAUGCCUUACGAGUGUUCAGCUAUAUCAGCUCAUGGACCCAGAGGCAAUGUUUGUGCUGUUUCAAGGAGUACAAGCACUUGGAGGUGUUCAACCAGCUGGUCUACGCCCUCAUCAACCUGGUCAUCGCCCAGGUCACCAGCCUGAGGGAGCACCUCUGCAGCGCCACCAGCCAAGCGGGGGACACGGAAGCCGGAGGCGGAGCGGAGAGGGCAAGCACAGAAUGGGGCGGGGCUGAUGGAACCGGAGUAGGAGGAGCCGGGCCACAGCCUCCGCCCUCGCCCGGCGAGGAUGAGCCGCUGAACGUGGAGAGAGACUCGGCGGAGGAGGAUGCGGCCGGGGAUUUGCCGGAGCAGAACCAGAAUAAGAACGACCAGAAUCAGGGCGACGGGGCGAGCCAGGCCCAACAAGAGGCGCCCAGGCCGGAUGAGUGUAGUAGUGGCAGCGGGCUGUCUGGUUCUGGUACUGUGGCUAACUGCUUGGACAGUCAGGCCCAGGCGGACCCGUUUGGCUCAUGGAGCACAGAGGACCGGGAAAAGCUACUUCUUUGCGCCGCCAAGAUCUUCCAGAUCCAGUUUCCACUGUAUACGGCGUACAAACACAAUACCCACCCCACCAUAGAGGACAUCUCUGCUCACGAAAGCAACAUCCUGGGCUCUUUCUGUGACAUGAACGAUGUGGAGGUCCCUUUGCACUUGCUGCGCUAUGUGUGCCUGUUCUGCGGCAAGCACGGCCUGUCCCUCAUGAAGGACUGUUUCGAGUCUGGUACGCCCGAGAGCCUGCCUUUCCCCAUCGCCCACGCCUUCAUCACCAUCGUCUCCAACAUCCGGAUAUGGUUACACAUUCCUGCCGUCAUGCAGCACAUCAUACCCUUCCGCACGUAUGUAAUACGGUACCUCUGCAAACUGUCGGACCAGGAGCUGCGUCAGAGUGCAGCGCGCAACAUGGCCGACCUGAUGUGGAGCACGGUGAAGGAGCCGCUGGACAGUGCACUGUGCUUUGACAAGGAAAGCCUGGAUCUGGCCUUCAAGUACUUCAUGUCCCCCACGCUCACUAUGAGGCUGGCCGGCCUCAGUCAAAUCACGAAUCAGCUCCACACAUUCAACGAUGUCUGUAAUAAUGAGUCCCUGGUGUCGGACACCGAAACGUCAAUAGCAAAGGAACUAGCUGACUGGCUAAUCAACAACAAUGUGGUUGAGCACAUCUUUGGACCAAAUUUGCACAUAGAAAUCAUUAAACAGUGCCAAGUGAUCCUGAAUUUCCUGGCAGCGGAGGGCAGACUCAGCACACAGCAUGUGGACUGCAUCUGGGCCGCAGCUCAGCUGAAGCACUGUAGCCGUUACAUCCACGACUUGUUCCCCUCGCUCAUCAAAAACCUGGACCCAGUGCCGCUGCGCCACGUACUCAACCUGGUAUCGGGCCUUCACCCCAGCGCCCACACCGAGCAGACCCUGUACCUGGCCUCCAUGCUGAUCAAGGCGCUGUGGAACAACGCCUUGGCCGCCAAGGCCCAGCUCUCCAAGCAGAGCUCGUUCGCCUCGCUUCUCAACACCAACGUACCCAUGGGCAACAAGAAAGGCUCCCCGGCGGCAAGCCCCGACAGCAGCGACAACAGCGACACGCAUCACAGCGGCGGCAGCGACAUGGAGAUGGACGAGCAGAUGAUGAGCAGCAGCAAGCGGGGCCAGCAGAGGCUCUCGGACACUGAGGAGUCGAUGCAGGGCAGCUCAGACGAGACGGCCAACAGCGUGGAGGAGGGCAGCAGCGGGCCAGGUAGCAGCAGCGGCCGCAGCGAAGGCUCUAGUAACGAGGCGGGCUCCAGCCGCGCCAGCCAGUCGGCCGGGAGUCCUGGCAGUGAGCUGCAUUCGGACGACAUGGCUGACAGCGAGGCCCUCAAGGAGGAGGAGGAGGAAGAGGAGGACGAUGAAGAGGACGAGGAAGAUGAUGACGAGGAGGAUGACGAAGAAGGGAGCAGCCGGGGUGUGGCGGCUGAUGGUGGCCCGCAAAAGGAGCCGCGGGACCCACCGGAGGUCAGGAAGCGGAAGGCGGGUGAGGCUUUAGGGGAGGGGCCGAGCGAAAGAACCGAUAGAGGGGGAGGAGGUGGGCCCAAACCAACAGGUUUGCCUUUUAACCCAGAGGGGGCCAGUGCUAUGGUAACCGUGGGGUCUGGAGGGUUGGGGGAGGGCCGCAUGAGGAUGCUGGAUGCCUGCUCGAUCUCCUCCCGGCCAGAGGGGUCCGAACAGCCCCAACAACAGUCAGAAAUGGGUGGCCCCUCUACCCACAUGGGCUCCGGCCCACAAGAGCCCCCCUGUCUGCCCCACCCCGGUGACUUCCUGGGGGACACCAUGGGCAAUGAGCUGUUCAACUGCCGUCGAUUCAUUGGGCCCCACCACCACCAUCACCACCACCAUCACAACCAUCAUGAGGGGCACAUGGUGGAGGACAUGCUGAGCGCUGAUGAUGUGUCCUGCAGCAGCUCUCAGAUCAGCGCCAAGUCAGAGAAAAACAUGGCCGACUUUGACGGCGAGGAGUCCGGCUGCGAGGAGGAGCUGGUGCAGAUCAACUCUCACGCCGAGCUCAGCUCCCACCUGCAGCAGCACCUGCCCAACCUGGCCUCCAUCUACCACGAGCACAUGGUGCAAGGGCCGCAGGUCCACAAGCACCAGUAUUCUGGCCACGCCGUCACAGACAUCAACCUGGACAACGUGUGUAAGAAGGGCAGCACUCUGCUGUGGGAUCUGGUUCAGGACGAGGAUGCGAUCCACCUAUCCGAGGGCCUGAUCAACGAGGCAGAGAAGUUACUGUGCUCUCUGGUCUGCUGGUUUACCGACCGGCAGAUUCGCAUGCGCUUCAUUGAGGGCUGCCUGGAGAACCUUGCCCAUCACAGGUCCGUGGUCGUCUCUCUGCGGCUCCUCCCCAAACUUUUUGGCACAUUUCAGCAGUUCGGCUCCAGCUACGACACUCAUUGGAUCACAAUGUGGGCGGAGAAGGAGCUCCACAUGAUGAAGCUCUUCUUUGAGAACCUGCUGCACUACAUUCAGGAAGUCAGAGAGCAGAGGCACAAGUUUGCCCUCUACGGUCACAGCGCUGAAGUCCAAGUGCGCCUGCAGUUCCUGACCUGCGUCUUCUCCACCCUGGGAUCCCCAGACCACUUCAGACUGAGCUUGGAGCAGGUGGACAUCCUGUGGCACUGCCUGGUGGAGGACGGGGAGUGCUAUGACGACGCGCUGCACUGGUUCCUCAACCAGGUUCGAAGCAAAGACCAGCACGCCAUGGGCAUGGAGACCUACAAACACCUGUUCCUGGAAAAGAUGCCCCAGCUGAAGCCGGAGACCAUCAGUAUGACAGGCCUUAAUCUCUUCCAGCACCUCUGUAACCUGGCCCGUCUGGCCACCAGCGCCUAUGACAGCAGCUCCAACUGCGAGCUCUGUGGGAUGGACCAGCUAUGGGGAAUCGCCCUCAGGGCCCAGUCUGCUGACAUCAGCCGCGCCGCCAUCCAGUACAUCAACUCCUACUACAUCAACGCUGGUAAGACGGGCCUGGAGAAAGAGCAGGAGUUCAUCUGUAAGUGCAUGGAGAGCCUGAUGAUGGCCUCGGCCAACCUAGAGAAGGAUGCCCACUCCGGCCUCACUGUCAUCGAGAGGGGCCUCCUCAUGCUCAAAACCCACCUGGAGGCCUUCAGACGCAGGUUUGCCUACCACCUGCGUCAGUGGCAGAUCCAGGGCACGGGCAUCAGUAGCCACCUGAAGGCGCUGAGCGACAAGCAGUCUCUGCCACUGAGGAUCGUGUGCCAGCCGGCCGGCCUGCCCGACAAGGUACCCAAGAAAGUACCCAGCAUCUUGAUGACCAUCGAGAUGUACCCCAGUGACCAAGUGGCAGACCUGCGGGCUGAGGUGACCCACUGGUACGAGAACCUUCAGAAGGAGCAGAUGAACCAGCAGGCCCAGCUCCAGGAGUUUGGCCAAAGCAGCCGCCAGGGGGACUUCCCAGGGGGUUUGAUCGGUCCGGUCAGAAUGAUCUCCUCCGGUCACGAGCUGACCACCGAUUAUGAUGAGAAGACCCUGCAUGAACUGGGCUUUAAAGACAUGCAGAUGGUGUUCGUCUCGCUGGGCGCGCCCCGGCGGGAGCGUAAAGGCGAGGGGGUGCAGCUACCAGCCUCGUGCCUCCCCCCUCCCCAAAAGGAGCACAUCCCCAUGCUGCUGCUCCUCCAGGAGCCCCACCUCACCACCCUGUUUGACCUGCUGGAGAUGCUGGCCUGUUUCAAGCCCCCCAGCCCCAGUGCCAUGGGAGACAGCCCUGAGAACCUGAGGUGUGAGGAGCUGCACCUCCAUGCUGAGAACCUGUCCAGGCGUGUCUGGGAGCUGCUCAUGCUGCUUCCUACGUGUCCCAACAUGCUGCUAGCCUUCCAGAAUAUCGUCGAUGACACGGGGGGUGAAGGUCUGUGCUGGAAGGACCUGCUGAGGAUCAAAAGCCCCCACAAGCUGCUGUAUGCCCUAGAGAUCAUCGAGGCCCUGGGCAAGCCCAACCGCCGGAUCCACCGCGAGUCCACGGGGAGUUACAGUGACCUGUAUCCAGACUCUGAUGACUCGAGUGAGGACCAAAUCGAGAACAGUAAAAACUCCUGGAGCUGCAAGUUUGUGUCAUCCGGAGGGCUUCAGUUGCUUUUGGAGAUCUUCAACUCUGCAAUCCUGGAACCCAAGGAUCAGGAGUCGUGGACAGUGUGGUUGCUGGACUGCCUGGCUUGCCUGCUGAAGCUCAUCUGCCAGUUCGCGGUGGACCCGGCCGACCUGGACCUGGCCUACCAUGAUGUAUUCUCGUGGUCGGGCCUCACCGACAGCCAACGCAAACGAGCCUGGCCCGGCAAGUCGCGUAAGGCCGCCGGCGACCACGGCAAAGGCCUACACAUCCCUCGCCUCACAGAGGUUUUCCUGGGGCUUGUCCAAGGCACAAACCUAAUCCAGCGCUUGAUUAACGUGGCUUACACUUACGACAACCUCGCGCACCGAGUUUUAAAGGCCCAGUCAGAGCACCGGUCUCGACAUGAAGUGACCCACUACUCCAUGUGGCUGCUGGUGAGCUGGGCCCACUGCUGCUCAGUGGUCAAGUCCAGUCUGGCCGACAGCGACCACCUCCACGACUGGCUCAAGAAGCUCACCUUGCUGGUACCUGAGACGGCGGUGCGCCACGAGGCGUGCAACGGCCUGUACAAGCUCUCCCUGUCUGGCCUGGAGGGAGGCGAGUCCAUCAACAGGUCCUUCCUGCUGCUGGCCGCGUCGACGCUGCUCAAGUUCCUGCCCGACGCGCAGGCCCUGAAACCUCUACGGGUGGAAGACUAUGAAGAGGAGCCCAUGUUAAGGACCGGCUGUAAAGAGUACUUCUGGCUGCUGUGCAAGCUCAUUGACAACAUCCACGUUAAAGAUGCCAGCCAGACCACCCUGUUGGACCUGGACGCGCUCGCCCGACACCUGGCCGACUGCAUACGGAGCCGCGAGAUCCUGGACCAGCAGGACAGUGCCAUCGAGGACGACGGCCUCACCGGGCUCCUGCGCCUGGCCACCAGCGUCCUCAAGCACAAGCCCCCGUUCAAGUUCUCCCGUGAGGGCCAGGAGUUCCUGCGUGACGUCCACAACCUGCUUUUCCUCCUCCCCAGCCUGGCCGACCGCGCCCAGCCCAAGUGCAAGUCGCAUGCGGCCCGCGCCGCCGCCUACGACCUCCUGGUGGAGACCGUGAAGGGCUCGGUGGAGAACUACCGCCUCCUCCACAACUGGGUCCUGUCGCAGCACAUGCAGGCCUCUCACGCCCCAUACAAAUGGGACUACUGGCCGCAUGACGACGUGCGUGCCGAGUGUCGCUUCGUGGGCCUCACCAACCUGGGGGCCACCUGCUACCUGGCCUCCACCAUCCAGCAGCUCUACAUGAUCCCUGAGGCCCGGCAGGCAGUCUUCACUGCCAAGUAUGCAGAGGAGAUCAAGCACAAGACCACCUUGCUGGAGCUGCAAAAGAUGUUCACCUAUCUGAUGGAGAGCGAGAGGAAGGCCUACAACCCCCGUCCGUUCUGUAAGACCUACACCAUGGACAAGCAACCCCUCAACACGGGCGAGCAGAAAGACAUGACCGAGUUCUUCACCGACCUCAUCACCAAGAUCGAGGAGAUGUCUCAUGACCUGAAAAACACGGUGAAGACGCUCUUUGGCGGGGUCAUCACCAACAAUGUGGUGUCGCUGGAUUGCGACCACGUCAGCCAGACCGCGGAGGAGUUCUACACAGUCCGAUGCCAGGUGGCUGACAUGAAGAACAUCUAUGAAUCCCUGGACGAGGUGACAAUCAAGGACACUCUAGAAGGGGACAACAUGUACACAUGCUCUCAGUGUGGCAAGAAAGUACGCGCUGAAAAAAGGGCGUGUUUCAAGAAGCUGCCACGCAUCCUGAGCUUUAACACCAUGCGCUACACCUUCAACAUGGUCACCAUGAUGAAGGAGAAGGUCAACACGCACUUCUCCUUCCCCCUGCGCCUCGACAUGACCCCCUACACAGAGGACUUCCUCAUGGCCAAGGGCGACAGGAAAGAGGGUUUCCGGGAGGAGGGUGAGGCCAAGGUGGCGGAGAGCUACGAGUACGACCUCAUCGGGGUCACCGUGCACACGGGCACGGCUGACGGCGGUCAUUACUACAGCUUCAUCCGGGACAUCGUCAACCCACACGCCUACAAGAAUAACAAGUGGUACCUGUUCAAUGAUGCUGAGGUGAAGCCCUUUGACUCGGCCCAGCUGGCCUCUGAGUGCUUCGGCGGAGAGAUGACGACUAAAACAUACGACUCGGUCACCGACAAGUUCAUGGACUUCUCUUUUGAGAAGACCCACAGCGCCUACAUGCUCUUUUACAAACGAGUGGAGUCUGAGGAGGAAAACGCCAAGGACUUCAACUUUGAUGUCUCCCCAGAUCUACUUGAGUGGAUUUGGCAGGACAACAUGCAGUUUCUCCAGGACAAGAACAUAUUCGAACACACAUACUUUGGGUUCAUGUGGCAGCUUUGCAGCAGCAUCCCUAGCACUUUACCAGACCCUAAAGCCAUCUCCCUCAUGACCGCCAAGCUAAGCACAUCAUUCGUCCUGGAGACGUUCAUACACUCCAAAGAAAAGCCCACCAUGCUGCAGUGGAUCGAGCUGCUGACCAAACAGUUCAACAACAGCCAGGCAGCUUGUGAGUGGUUCUUGGACCGUAUGGCUGAUGAUAACUGGUGGCCCAUGCAGAUCCUUAUCAAGUGUCCCAAUCAGAUUGUAAGACAGAUGUUCCAGAGGUUGUGUAUCCAUGUCAUUCAGAGGCUGAGGCCGGUCCACGCCCACCUGUACCUGCAGCCUGGCAUGGAGGAUGGGUCGGACGACAUGGACGGCCCGGUGGAAGAUAUCGGCAGCCGCUCGUGCGUGACUCGCUUUGUCAAAACGCUGCUGUCCAUCAUGGAGCACGGCGUCAAGCCCCACAGCAAGCACCUAACGGAGUACUUCGCCUUCCUCUACGAGUUCGCCAAGAUGGGGGAGGAGGAGAGUCAGUUCCUGUUGUCCCUACAAGCCAUAUCCAUCAUGGUACACUUCUACAUGGGGACUAAGGGGCCCGAGAACCCCCAAGUAGAGGUGUUGUCUGAGGAGGAGGGAGAAGAAGAGGAGGAAGAGGAGGACAUAUUGUCCUUGGCUGAGGAGAAGUACCGGCCAGCCGCCCUGGAGAAGAUGAUUGCCCUCAUCGCCCUGCUUGUUGAGCAGUCACGCUCUGAGAGACACCUGACUCUGUCCCAGAGUGACAUGGCCGCCCUGACCGGGGGAAAGGGUUUCCCCUUCCUGUUCCAGCACAUCAGAGACGGCAUCAACAUCCGGCAGACCUGCAACCUCAUCUUCAGCCUGUGUCGCUAUAACAACCGCCUGGCGGAGCACAUUGUAUCCAUGCUCUUUACGUCGAUCGCUAAACUGACGCCUGAGGCGGCCAACCCUUUCUUCAAGCUGCUCACCAUGCUGAUGGAGUUGUCAGGCGGUCCUCCGGGCAUGCCUUCCUUUGCCUCUUACAUCCUGCAGAGGAUCUGGGAGGUCAUCGAGUUCAACCCCAGCCAGUGUCUGGAUUGGCUGGCCGUGCAGACCCCCAGGAAUAAGCUGGCCCACAGCUGGGUGCUGCAGAACAUGGAGAACUGGGUGGAGCGCUUCCUGCUGGCGCACAACUACCCGCGCGUCCGCACCUCGGCGGCCUACCUCCUGGUCUCCCUCAUUCCCAGCAACUCGUUCCGCCAGAUGUUCCGUUCCACGCGCUCCCUCCACAUCCCCACACGGGACCUGCCCCUGUCCCCCGACACCACGGUGGUGCUUCACCAGGUGUACAAUCUUCUCCUGGGACUGCUGGGUCGAGCCAAGCUGUAUGUGGACGCGGCAGUUCAUGGCACCACCAAGCUGGUUCAGUACUUCAGCUUCAUGACCUACUGCCUCAUCUCCAAGACGGAGAAGCUCAUGUUCUCCGGCUACUUCAUGGACCUGUGGAACCUCUUCCAGCCCAAGCUGUCUGAGCCAGCCAUCGCCACCAACCACAACAAGCAGGCUCUGCUCUCUUUCUGGUACAACGUGUGUAUGGAGUGUCCCGAGAACGUCCGGCUAGUUGUCCAGAACCCUGUGGUCACCAAGAACAUUGCCUUCAACUACAUUCUGGCCGACCACGACGACCAAGAGGUGGUGCUUUUCAACCGGGGCAUGCUGCCAGCCUACUACGGCAUCCUGAGGAUGUGCUGCGAGCAGUCCCCCGUCUUCACCCGCCAGCUGGCCUCCCACCAGAACAUCCAGUGGGCCUUCAAGAACCUGACGCCGCAUGCCAGCCAGUACCCUGGGGCGGUGGAGGAGCUUUUCAACCUGAUGCAGCUGUUCGUGGCCCAGCGCUCAGACAUGAAGGAGGAGGAGCUGGAGGACGUUAAGCAGUUCAAGAAGACCACCAUCAGCUGCUACCUCCGCUGCCUGGACGGGCGCUCGUGCUGGACCACGCUCAUCAGCGCCUUCCGGGUGUUACUGGAGAACGACGAGGACAGGCUGCUUGUGGUCUUCAACAGAGGACUGAUCCUGAUGACCGAGUCGUUCAACACCCUGCACAUGAUGUACCACGAGGCCACGGCGUGUCACGUGACGGGGGACCUGGUGGAGCUGCUCUCCAUCUUCCUGUCGGUGCUCAAAGCCACGCGCCCUUACCUGCAGCGCAAAGACGUGAAGCAGGCUCUGAUCCAGUGGCAGGAGCGAAUCGACUUUGCCCACAAGCUGCUCACCCUCCUCAACUCCUACAGCCCCCCAGAACUCCGCAACGCCUGCCUAGAUGUUCUGAAGGAACUGGUCCUGUUAAGUCCCCACGACUUCCUGCACACACUGGUGCCCUUCCUGCAGCACAACCACUGCACCUAUCACCAUAGCAACAUCCCCAUGUCGUUUGGGCCCUACCUUCCCUGCCGAGAGAACAUCAAGCUGAUGGGAGGCAAGAAUAACAUACGACCCCCGCGACCCGAGCUCAACAUGUGCCUCCUGCCUUCCAUGGUGGAGACUAGCAAGGGUAAAGACGAAGUGUAUGACCGGAUGCUCCUGGACUACUUCCUGUCCUACCACCAGUUCAUCCACCUGCUCUGUCGAGUCGCCAUCAACUGUGAGAAGUUCACAGAGACACUGGUCAAACUGAGUGUACUGAUAGCGUAUGAGGGCUUGCCUCUGCACUUGGCUCUCUUUCCCAAACUAUGGACGGAGCUCUGCCAGUCACAGUCUGCCCUGGCUAAGACCUGCGUGAAGCUUCUGUGUGAGGACCCGGCGUUUGGCGAGUACAUCAAGUGCAUCCUGAUGGACGAGAGGACCUUCCUUAACAGCAACAUGGCUUACUCCUUCCUCACCUGCUUUCUGCACAAGGUCCAGAGCCAGGUUCUGUCAGGCCCGAGCUGUGCCAACCUGAUCAGUCUGCUGGUGACCAACCUACUUAACGAAUACCACAGCCUUCAGCCGGAGCUGGCCUCGCACCGCCUGGAGCUCAGCAAGACCAGCGGCCUCCUCAACGCUGACCUGCGAGCGCUGGCGUUGAUGUUGUCCAUACACACCCCCCAAGCGUUGGACCCGGCUCUGGGCCCGGCCCUGCAGGAGCUGCUGUCCAAGUGUCGUGCCUGUGUACAGCAACGCAGCACCCUGGAACAGGAGGCCAAGGAUCGCAAGGCUAAAGCGGAGGAGGAGGGCGCCACCCCGGUGAAGCGCCGGCGGGUGAGCAGCGACGAUGGCCCCGGGGAGGGCACCAGCGCUGGCACUGGCGGAGUAACCGGACCCGGACCGGGCUGUGCCUCCUCUGCCCUCCCCCCGUGCGCCGAGCUGAAGCCGGAGCCCCAGGAGGCGCUGACGCCCGCCAGCACCUCAGACACAGAGACGCGGGAUUCCUCGUCCCUCAUUGACCCGGGCACGGAGCACGACCCGCCCUCGCCGGAUCCCGCCACCGCCAACUGCAGCCAAUCCCCCGGGGACGCCUCCCCGAAGGAGGAGAAGAUGGAGGCCUCCUCUUCGUCGUCGUCUUCAUCUUCGUCGUCCUCUUCCUCCCUUCCAGAGACCGGCGAGUCGUCGUACGGUGGUGGCGGCGGACGGGGAGGUGGGGAGCCUCAGUCGUCUCAGACUCAGCAGGCGGCCAGCGCCGAGGAUGAGGAGAGGAGGAAAGAGGAGAUGGCAGUGGCGAUGGAUGAGACCGAUGAGGAGAGGGAGGCGGGCUCUAACCCUUGCGGAGGCUCGGCCACUCCAGCCUCAGAAGACGCGGCCUUCCCAUCUGCCCUGGGGCUGGAGGGGGAGGGUCCAGAAAUCCCUGGGUGCAGUAGCCACACCCCUUCACAGGCUCUGACGAACUCGGCCCCACCUCUGGACACGCUGGACAUGCUAUACAGGACGGUGGAGGCCACUAUCGCGGUGGUCACCAAACUAUCUGGGAAAGGGUCCUGUGCCGACUCUUCGUGACAUCCCCAUCGUCAUCACCCCCAGCGCCACGGGCCCUUUUAAAAAUAGUUUUUUUUCCUUUCUUCCGAAAUAGUUCUGUUUUGUUUGACACUCGUCUUUCUGUUUUCCUUCUUUGGUUUGUCGUUUCUCUCUGCUGUACGUGUUGCCUCUGCUGAAGACGCUCCCUCGGGCGGUUGGCCCUGGCGUCACGCGAUCUGUCCUCCACAGCUUUCAACGGCAGAAACAGGCCCUGAACCUAGACGGCAUGCACCAAAAGGACGAGAAACAUGCACAGCCUCGGAUCCAUUGAACAGAACGGAUAGCUAUUAAAAAAAACUAGAGCACAUUUCUUUUCUUUUUUUUAAAGGGCAAACUUAAUUUUUUGUUUUUUUUACUGAUAUCAGUUCUUCUGAAGUGAUUUAUUUGAGGUUGCUGUAACGGGAAAAAGGUUUACAGAAAUUUUAGUCUUCUGUAUGUAAUUUAAUUUUAUUGCAUUUUUACUGUGUAUAAAAUGGUGUCCUCUGUGCCAGUUUUCUACUUUACGAGAGGCAAAAGUUGCCUUGCUUUUUUUGUGGUUAAUAUUAAAACUAAGUUUACCUGUACAUUAAAAGAGAACCACAAGAAACUUGAUUCUGUAAAGAAUCCUCUGUAGUUGUUGCCUGGCGGUGUAUAUGAAAACUAUAUAUAUAUAUAAAACUUUAUAUAUAUAUAUAAUGGUGCUUUAUUUGACACAAUAUCUGUGGUUGAAAUAAAGCAUACUUGAUGUAACGAUUGGAGCUUUAUUUUAUUUACUGAAAAUACAUUCCAUAAUCGAUUGUCAUUCUUGCUUCUGGUUAUUUUGUUUCUCUUUUUAUUUCAAUAUAGGAUAAAUUAAUAAAUGUAACAUGAAUAAUAAUCAACUGAAAACUACAACGAGCUAUGAGAAUUUCUUUCUGAAUCAUCCUCACUUACAGGCUUAAAUCUUCAUUUAAAAUUAAGAUCAUUUUUAUGUGGUUUUGGUCAUGCAGAGUUGCACAGCGAACAGUCAAAACCCACAACAGAUUCCUUCAUUCAGCCUGUUUGGACAUAGAAAUGUUGUUUAUUCACCAUUAUCACUUCAGUAAAAAAAAAAAAAAAGAAUGUCGAUUACUAUAGACAUCCAGAAUAACAGGCAAGGUACACUUUUUUUUUUUUAAAGAUGAUUGAUGUAUACUAACAUGUUUAAACAGUUUCUAAUUAUGCUCGUUUUUGUCUGUCACAAAGUCACCAAGCAUAAAGUUGCUUUGUGACGCUAUAACUGAGCUGCCUUGUCAGUAGGUUGUUCAUUACAAGGAGAUUGCAUUCCAAACGGGUCCCCUAACCUCAGCUCGACCUAUCAGACAACCUGGCCAGCACUUCCUGGUAUGUGGUAAGGCUCCCACCCCAUGAUCCGCCACAAGCAAAUCUCCUGUGUAACAUAACACCUUUAGCAUUUCAACUGUGGUAGGAUCUGUUCCUUCCAUUUAGUGUACAUUUCCUUCAUUGCAGCAUAAACUCAAGGAUCGUAACCCUGAAUAAAUGCUGUCCCCCUUGU